UUCAGUGGAUAGAAUAUUUGAUUGCGGUUCAAAUGGUCGAAGACUUAAAAAUAUUAGCCUUAGGUGGUUUACACGAAGUCGGAAAAAACUGCUAUGUAAUUGAAAAAAAAGAAGACUUAAUUAUUAUUGACUGUGGAAUUAAAUUUCUGAAUAAUGGCUAUAAUUUGGCUAACGGAAUAAUUCCUAAUUUUGCUUACUUAAAAAGCAAUAAAGAAAGAAUAAAAGGACUGUUUAUUACUCACGGUCACGAAGACCAUAUUGGUGGCAUUCCUUAUCUUUUAGAAGAAAUCGGCUACGAUUUUCCGGUUUAUGGUUCGGCUUUUGCUUUGGCUUUGUUGAAAGGAAAGUUAGGCAAUAAAGAAAAUUUGCUUAAAGGUGUCAUUUUUUCUGAUGAGACCGUGGUUCGCACUGCCGAAUUUCGGGUUACAGCGGUAGGCAAAAAGGGCGUUGACUUGCUUUUGAGUGAUUCCACCAACGCCGAAGUUCCGGGCACUACUCCCACCGAAAGAAAAAUAGUUUCGCGCGAUACCGUGAUUUUGACUUCUUCACCAAUUAUGGAUAAUCGCUAUAAUCUAGAAGCCAUUAAUAAUAAACUGAUGGAGUUAGGAGCCACGAUUUACGAAAACAAUAAAGAGGAAUUACUCCACGCUUCGGGUCACGCCUGCCAAGAAGAUUUAAAGUUAAUGUUGACCUUGACCAAGCCCCGUUAUUUUAUGCCUUUUCAUGGUGAUUUUCGUAUGUUAAAGGUCCAUGGUUCUCUCGCCCAAGAAACGGGAGUUCCGGCUGACAAUAUUUUUGUUUGCCAAAAUGGGGAAGUGAUUCAAGCGAGAGAAGAAGAGAAAGAGCCUUCCCAAUUCUUUUUCACUAACCAAAAAAUUGAUACUACUCCUCAUUACGUUUUCAACCAAAAAAUUAUUCAGGUCAAUGAUAAGAAAAAUUCUCCGGUGGGUGAAUUAAAAAAACAAGUUAAAGAAAAAAUGCAGGACCUGCUUUCUCAGGAUUUACCGAAAACGAAACCAUUAGUUAUUUCCUUAGAUGACGACCAAAAUGAUGCUAAGCCACCUACUCAAAGAGAUAAUAGAGACUUAGAGGAUUGA